GUAAGUCGGAACGAGGCUGUCCAGCUGAUACCUCCCAGUUGUACAGUCGCCUGAUGACAGAAUUGAUACAAGUGAACAAUCAAUUAAAGAAAUAAUUCAAAGAUGUCAAUAUACAAUUAUAGAACUAUUUUGAAUAGAUUUAAAAAAAGUUGGAUCAAGACAUUAAAAUAUUAGAAAAUAUGACUCAUCAGCUUUAAAACAAAGAGUAUUUGGCUUUGAAGUCAUAAAUACAUAUCCUAAAACAGUUUUACUCAAAGGAAAAAGAAAGUUGCAAAUAAUAACAAAUAAUAGAAUUCAAUAAUAUUCUUAAUACAUUAAAAAAGAUGUUAACCGACUAAAUUAGAGUGGAAGAAUAAAUAGAUUCCUCUUAUCAAAAUGAUAUUAAAGUGGAACAAAUUAAUUAAUUGAAAUAAGAAGAUAAAAACUAGUUGAAUUUUGAAGAGGCUAAAAGAUUAUUAAUCGAAGGAGUGGCUUUAAGAAAAUUAAAUAAGUAUUAGGAAGCAAUUGAGUGUUACGACAAAGCUAUUUCCAUUAAUCCUAAUUAUGAUGAUGCAUGGUAUAAUAAGGGCUUAGCAUUAUAUAAUCUAAAUAAGUAUUAGGAAGCAAUUGAGUGUUACGACAAAGCUAUUUCCAUUAAUCCUAAAUAUGAUGCUGCAUGGAAUAAUAAGGGCAAUUCAUUAUAUGACCUAAAGAAGUAUCAGGAAGCAAUUGAGUGUUACGACAAAGCUAUUUCCAUUAAUCCUAAAUAUGAUGCUGCAUGGAAUAAUAAGGGCUUAGCAUUAUAUGACCUAAAGAAGUAUCAGGAAGCAAUUGAGUGUUACGACAAAGCUAUUUCCAUUAAUCCUAAUAAUGAUAAUGCAUUGAGUAAUAAAGGCUUGUCAUUACAUAGUUUAAAGAAAUAUCAGGAUGCUAUUACAUGCUAUGAUUAAGCUCUGUCUAUUUGCAUUAAUCCUGUUCGACUAAGAGAUAAAGGUAUAUCUUUUAAAUUUAAUUUCUAUUUAGCUGAUUCAUUAUUUGAGUUGCAAUUGAGAUAAGAAGCUAAGAGAUUUUAUUUGGAUGCAUUACGCCAAGGAUCAAAUGACAAGGAAUACAUAAACAGAUAACUUGCCAAAUUAUGA